UUUUCAGUUUGCACCCGUCCAGUCAAGAUGGCGUCGAAACGUGAGAGCUUCUCGCCGAUGAAGUCGAAGCGCCUGGAUGAGAAAACGACGCUCCAGGAAUUGAACAACCGUCUUGAGAUGUACGUUCUCCGCGUCAAGGAAGUACAAGAUUCGCGCGACGUGGCGGAAAAAGAACUCGAGACCAUUCGUGAACGCAUGCAAAUGGAUUUGAGCAUGACGAAAACGCGCUUGAGCAAGGAAUUGGAAGACACGCGAAAGUUGCUCGAGUUUGAAAUCGAUCAAAAGACGCGCCUCCAAGUCCUGGAGCAAGAACAACACACAGAAUUGGUGAAGCUGCGCACCCAAGUCAAAGAAUUUGGUGACAUCCGUGUUGAACUGGAACAAGUGCAAGCUGAACUCGCCAAGGAGAAGGAAAGCUCGAAGGCGGCUAAGGAAGCUUUGGCUCUCCAGACAACAUCGUUGCAAAGCGCCCGACGAAAGUUGAAAGAUUUAGACAAGGAAAACCGCAAGCUUACCUCGAGUCUGAGCGACACGACGAAUGAAUUGGAUCAACUCAAGCAAAAGACGUCCGAGUUCUCGUUGACUCGUGACACGGAAAUCACACUCGUGCGCAAGGAAAUGAACGCCAAGCACCUGGAAGCCUUGGCGGCUUGGCGCCGUGAAUCGGAGGAACGUCUCCACAGCGUGGAAGCCGAAGUCCGAGCUCAUUUCGAAGGCCAGAUCGAACAGCUCCGUUCGCAAGUGGACGAAGUCAAUCUCGAAUUGGAUUCACUUAAGGUCGAAUACGAACGCACAGCCAAUGACUAUGACGAAAGCUUGAAGAUCAGACAGUCUUUGACGGACAAACUGUCCACGAUUGAAACCCAAUACCGCAACGAGCGCAAGAAGUUUCAGGAAGACCGCAAGAUGUACGAAGCCAACAUCGACAAUGCCCGCCAGGCGCGAUUGGCCAAAGAGACCGAAUUCAACGACCUCAUGGAUAUCAAGAUUGCGUUGGAUGCAGAAAUCUCUGCGUACCGCAGCAUUUUGGACCGCGAAGAGUCCCGCGUUGGUAUUGACCAAGCGAACCACAGUAAAAAGCGCAAAGCGAGCUUGACGCCUGUAAAGUCGUCGACGACCCGUCAACACAAGCGACGAAAGAGCCAUUCCACGGGCGUGUUGCGCAUCACGUACCUCAACCUGGAACAAGGGCGCAUUACGUUGGAAAACACUGGCUCGGAUGCUUUGUCGUUGUCGGGUUGGCAGGUGUCGAGUAAGGCCACCAACGUGGUCUUCGCGUUUCCGGAAGACUAUGUAAUCCAACCGAACGGCCGUGUCUCUGUGAUCUCUGGUCGCAAUGCUGCCCCGACUGAGGAAGAGAAGGAGUCGAUGGACUUCUACGUAAUCAAGAAGGCUAUGUGGAACACUCAAGCUGACGUUGCUCAGCUGACCAACCCGUCAGGGGAUGUCGUGAGCUCGUAUGCGGAAGGCAUGUACGUCGACGACGACGACGUAGAUGCGGCAGACACUCCGGCGAAGGAUGGGUGUGGCAUCAUGUAAACAUGUUGAAAGCGUGAGUCUAGAGUAGCCGUCGCGACAGAAGAAAUACGAGAUUGAGAUCAGUGCAUAUUUUGCAUGAAUAAAGAACAGCCAUUUUAGUCAA